AUGAGUCGAGCCUAAAUGGCCACCGAAGCUGCUCAGUUGCAGCGCUUGAGUGGGCGGGACCAAUGGCAGACUGGAGUCACAUGACCCGCGCAGAGCCAGGCUGAGCAAUUCCAAUAUGGUGGCCAGCUUGGCAGGUCUACGGUUCCUGUUGAUGAUAUUGUUGUUCUGCGGGAUCAGAUUCGGCGCCUGCAGCCAGGAAGCUCCGCAGGUCGUGGGGCUGCGACUGGAAGACCCCGGGGGUCUGGUGCGCAUGAAGGACCGAAUCAUCUCGGCGCCAGAAGGAGCCACGUUCCAGCUCCGUCUCUUUGGGGCUAAUCUGAAUGGAAGCUGGCCGUGGCCGUGGCUCGCGUUCGCUGGGGCGGCUGAGGGAGCCGCAGGGUCGGUCGGUGAUGCCCCUGACCCGUGCAAAGAGGAGUCCAGUCGGCAGGAAUCCGCCUUUAAUGCAACGGAACCGUUCAAAGCGGACGAGCCGAACAGCGGGCUGCUGACGGUGGAGGUGAAGAAGCGUGGGAGCAUCUCCGCGGAUUUCUACCACCUGUGUGUACAGAGAGGGGGGAUGUGGGCAUCAGUGGGCCCGGACAGACUGCAAGUUUGUCCGGGAGAAUCUACAGUCCCUCCACGGCUGGAUAUGACCCCGACGACAGCCCCCCCACGGCUUAAUAUGACCAAGACGGCAGUCCCCCCGUGGGGUCUGGCUCUCCUGGUGGUGCUGAUGCUGCUGAUCUGCGGGCUGCUGAGGACCGUAAACUUGAGCCUGCUGUGGCUCGACCCAGUGGAGCUCUAUGUUCUCCACAGCUGCGGAUCCGAGGAGGAGAAGCGAGCCGCCAAGCGCCUGGAGCCUAUCAGGAGGAGGGGGAACUUCUUGACAUGCUCGCUGCUCUUCCUCUGCGUCUUGGGCCACUCCGUCAUCGGGGUGCUCCUGUACCGGGCGCUGGGCUCCAUAGUCUCGGCGGUGUUCACCAGCGGCUUUCUGAUCUUCUUCCUGGCUGAGCUGGUUCCUCACGUCCUGUGCUCCGGCUACGGCUUCCAGCUGGCGCCCGGGCUGACCUGGCUGGCCCAGGUCUGCAUGGUGCUCACCUGUCCCCUGUCCUGUCCCCUGGGAUUGAUUCUGGACCUGGGCCUGGGGAGAGACAUCAGCACCUGUGGGAUACGGGAGAGAGCCAUGGAGAUGAUCCGCGCCAGCGUCAAUGACCCUUACAGCGAGUUUGUGAAAGAGGAGUUCAGCCGUGGGAUGCUACGCACCAAGACGGUGGAGGACAUCCUGACUCCCCUGAAGGACUGCUUCAUGCUGCCCAGCUCGGCUGUCCUGGACUUCUCCACCAUGUCGGAGAUCAUGCAGAGCGGAUACACCAGGGUGCCUAUUUAUGAGGAGGAGAGGUCCAACAUCGUGGAGAUCCUUUACGUGAAGGAUUUGGCGCUGGUGGACCCGGAGGACUGCACGCCCAUGACCACCAUCACCAAGUUCUACAACCACCCGCUGCACUUCGUCUUCAACGACACCAAGCUGGACGCCAUGCUGGAGGAGUUCAAGAAAGGCAACUCUCACAUGGCCAUCGUCCAGAAGGUGAACAAUGAGGGUGAGGGCGACCCGUUCUACGAGGUUCUGGGUCUGGUCACCCUGGAGGACGUCAUCGAGGAGAUCAUCAAGUCUGAGAUCCUGGACGAGUCCGACGGCUACUUGGACAGGAAGGUGAAGCGUCCGAUGACUCCUCUGGAGAUCCCUCUGGAGCCUCGCGGCUCCCACGAGGAGUUCUCCAUUUUCAAGCCUCCAGAGGGAGAGCCCAAGAUCCACACAUCACCACAGCUCCUGCUGGCCACGCACCGCUUCCUGUCCAGAGAAGUGGAGCACUUCAGCCCGGCUCGUGUGUCUGAGAAGGUGCUGUUCCACCUGCUCCGCCACCCCAGCGUCAACCAGGAGGUCCACUUCGACCACAACAACCGACUGAGCCCAAGCCACUACCUGUACACCCGCAACCACCCAGUGGACUACUUCAUCCUCCUGCUGCAGGGCCGUGUGGAGGUGGAAAUUGGCAAAGAGGGCCUGAAGUUUGAGAACGGGGCCUUCACUUACUACGGAGUGUCUGCUCUGACGCUGCCCUCUUCAGUUCACCAGUCUCCGGUGUCAACCCAGCGGCACUCUCCCAGGGACCCCUUUGAGUCAGCAGACACCACCAGCCCGUCCAGCUACUGUCCCGACUACACAGUGCGAGCCCUCACUGACCUGCAGCUCAUACGGGUGACCCGUCUGCAGUACCUGAACGCCCUCAUGGCGUCGCGGGCGGGCCACAGUCCAGACCCUCCAGAGAUCAAGAUCCUGCCCAACAGUCAGACCAAGCUGCUCAACGACAGAAACGCCACACCAGAGUUUCCUGUAAACUUUUCGUUCUUUGAUACCAUUGAGAACUUCUGUUAGAGGGCUUUGUAUGCAUGAGGUAAAUCCAACCUUUAGCCCCAGUCACUGACUUACUCACAGACACCAAUCCUGUCCUGCUGCAGGCUGACACAUUAACCCCCUCAUAUCACCGAUAAGCCCCUCUGAGCGUUCUGUCUGUACUCUAAUCAUGUGGACCUUUGUGGAGGCAGGAAGGUAAAUGUGUCUUUACUUUUCUACUCCUUGUUCUUUGCUCUGUCUUUAAAUCACUUUCCCCUUUCCUGUCCUACUGCAGCUGCAGCAGAUGCUCUUUAUUCUGUUCAGCCUCUGUUUCCCCAAAACAAAGAUAUAGUAAUGUAUGAUUUAAUUAGGCCACAGAUGGUGAUGAGCCACGUCUCUCUGGUGUCCAUAUUGGAGGUUCAACAUGUUUAAAGAAAACUUCUUAAACUUGUAGAAAAAAAGUUCAAGCUUUCUUUCUUUAUGAGAUAAAUCCUUGUAAAAGUGCCUCAAAUUCAGUUCCAUGUAAAUUAUGAUUGUUAUGUAAAUAAUAUGGCUGCUCAAUCAUGAGGUGUCAUUAUUAUUGGGAGAUGAGGAGAAAUACUUUUAUCUAAAUAUCAUACUGGCUUUAAAUGAUUGAAUUACAAUUACUUUAGCAAUCUGAGCAGAAAGAAACUCCUCCAGUGCUUUGAAAACUAUUUCAUCAGAAAAGAAAUGAAGCUGAUGACCUCCAAUAUGUCCGCCCGGGGGAGCCGAGCCGUCGCCUUAGAAACAGUAGACAACAAACAGAGUAGAUGGCUCCAUCUUCGUCUUCUGUCGCUCUGGUCGUCCCUCCCCUGUAUGUGUGAGUGCUGCCAUCCCUGUCCUGACCUCAAGCCUCACCCCAGCUCUCCUCUGAUUGGUCGGGUUCCACAGGUAGCAGCAGAGCCCAGGAGAGCUCCACAGAAGAGGAGGCUCAUGGGUAGCACAGGAAACAUUUCUGGUUGGAUCGUAGUUAUUGGACCAGACUGGAGAAAGAGAAAGUGAUUUUUUUUCUUUUAUUUAACUAGACCCACUAACUCACACGUCGCCAUUCCUUCAUGUGAUCUUUAGUGAUUAUUUUAUACAUGUAUGUACAUAUGUCUGUAUAAAUAUAAAUAUAGAGUGGUAAGAGAAGAUAUGUUACCUUAAUGGAAUUAUUUAGUUUUCUGCGUUAAUUGGUCCUAAAUGUGAUCUGAGCGUUUCCUGCUGCGAACCGGAGACUGAACCCUUUGAUUGGAUAAAGUUCCAGAGAACGGCUUCGUCUGCUUCCUCAAGACGAUUCAAUGACCCUGCGCGUUCCCAUGGAAACCUAAACCGGGGAGUGCCAUCACAUUCACAAAAGAGACACCAGAGGAAAACGGUGCAUUUAAAUGCAUUCGAAUAAGAGGAAACCAGGUCAGAAUGUCUGAGUUAGAGCCGUCAUUUGUCAGGAUUCCUUUGGAAUUAUGAAAAUAAUUGUUUCUGUCAUUGUAAAAUGUGGAAAAGAAUCCCAAUUAUGUUUUUUUGUCUUUUUUUUUCUAUAUAUAUAUCUCAGAUCAGACAAUUAGCAUCCAAAGAUUCAUCAUUCUCUUUGUUCCUUUACUUCCACAGAGGGAACAACUAAACUCUGGUUUUUCAAAGCCAUUUUGGGGGUUAAUGAGGAAUAUUCAGGUGGUUAUGAAUUCUGUCUUCCUGCAUACUGGACUCUGGAUGUACCUGUAGUUUAUUGUCUCUGUGGUGUCCUGCCACUGGUCAGACCAUGUCCAGCUCCAGUGCUUCAACAGGACUUUUCCAUCAAACAGGUUCUGCUGCUAAACUGGGCGAAGUUUGCUGAGCAGGAAUUAGCUUAGCCCAACGAUUUGUGUCAAAGCCGCCAAUAAGAUCGGAGGAGUUUGAGGAAAGUGAGUUUUCUGGGGAAAAAAAUGCAAAGAGGAAAUAGUAGAAGAGAAAAUAAAUCAAUAUAUAAUGAAAAAGAAAAAAUACAUGAAGUAAAAAAAGAAUAUAGAAAAGCUCCAGAAGAGGAUUAGGCCCACUGGGAAAAAUAAUUCUGAUCUUUUUUUUUUCUCAGAAAUUCUAAGAAAAUAAGUCAAAAUUAUUAUUUUUUUUCUUUUUCAGUGGCCCUAAUCCUCUUCCAUUAAAGAAGUAAAAUACACACUAUGAAAAAAGUAAUAAAAUAAAAAGACUGAUAUGAUUUGAAAUAAAGGAAAAUUAAAUAAGUUGUGUUAAACUGAUCCUGUUGAAAAUAACCAAAUAUUAAUUUAUGUUACACUGUAUCAUCAAAUAAAUUGAGAAAGCUCUUACUGUUUUUGUUUACUACAAGUAAUAUUUGGCAUGUAAAUUACUUCAAGCCAUUUAUUUAUUCUUCGUUUAUCUAUGAUUAUGCCAGGUUCUGUCCUCCGUACGCCUCCAUGUUUGUUCUGGAGAAUGUAGCGUCUCACCUCAGAUUUCCAAAAGUUUGCCAACAUUUUCCUGAUCCAGUUUGUUCCCAGACAGGCGGAGUUGGAAAACUCAGCAAGAUGAAAACAGAAAGACAUUUUUUGCUGUACGUUCAUUCAGUCCAUUCAGCUGAAAGUCUUGCUCUCUCUCGCUCUCUCAGCCUGAAUGAACAGCAGACAUGCCUCGACAUGCAGAACCCAGGCUGCCUGAGAGAUGGAGGAUCAGACGUUUACUGCAUUUAGUAAUUCCCAGUUUAGCACCAGAACUGCUUUGGUGGAAAAGUAACUUGAUGUGAUUACUUGGUGCCAUUUUUAUUUUAUUUUAUUUUUUUUUAUUUUUUUUACCUUGCUCAUGGUGAUCGUUCUUUGUGAACUUUGUAUCCUCUGAACUGGACAGCUUACACAACAUUAAAUAAUGUCAUUUCUAAGUAAUUUUUGAAUGAAUUAGAAUAUUCCCUGAACAUUGUUUUUUAUUUAAUGUUUUUGAGUCAAACGUCGCUCACAUUUCUAUCACUGACUGCUCUUUAAAAGAAAAACAAUAAUCAACUCCGGCUGACUUCUACUCAUGUCUUGAUGUCAAGUUUCACUUCCAUUCUGAUUUUUCAAAGAUUGUGUGUGUGUGUGUGUGUGUGUGUGUGUGUGAAGUAAGUGUAAAAUGUUCCUGUUUUUGGAAAUGCAGCUCAUUUUAGAGGAACCCGUUUUAUGUUACGGAGGCGGUGCCUUUUCUUUUUUCUUCUUUCUUCCAGGUUUAGCUCAUUGCACUAAACUGUUGCAUUAUCAUUUCGUUUAUGUACAUAUCCAGGUGCCAAAGUUACAUUUGUGUCUGCAUCUGUUUUGUCUCUCAGUGGAGAUGUUAGUGAUGAUUUUAAUCCAGUAUUCUGCAUUUUAUAAGAUGUGAGGAGAAUCCUGAUUUUUUUUCUUUCUUUCUUUUUUGGAUUGUGAAGUAAAACAGAUCUUGCAUGUGGUCGACAUUUCAGGGUCUGAUCAGAACUGUAAGGCCUAAAUAACAUGAUUUCUCCAUUAGUGGAAAACUGUUUUCAUGCAGAAAAUUACGGUUUUUUUGGGGUGGAAUGUUUAUCAAAAUUGAUUUAAAUAAAAGUUAGUUUCGAAUGUAA